GUUCUCUUUUAGAUUAGGGCUGAAAUCCCUCAGACGUGUGUGCGCGUGUAAAUGCAGCACAUGUAUGUCCUCUUUACUGUCCCUUCCUUUUUUUAAAUUCAGUUAAAGCUAAUUGCUUCCAGCAGGCUUUUCUCUCGGUCCGUCACGCUGCUCUCAUCAUGUGAUGACACUGUGUGGGUUUGUUAUCGGGAGCCUGUGGGCUGCUGCCUGACCAGCUGCACAUGAGUUAACCUGUCUUCGGAAGUCUUCUGCAGUAGCCAUGAGCUCCUUUAGCGUGUAGAGACUCAACCCUUUUUGCUGCUUGGUGUUUGGGUCAACCUGACGACAUUUCCCAAAUGGCUGAAGAGGUUUUAAUUCCGGGGAAAAACAAUGCACACCUCACCAGCUCUCUGUUGGCUGUAGCAUUCCUUACAUCCUUCGGUAGCUCCAUGCUUUAUGGCUACAAUCUGGCUGUGGUCAACUCUCCUGCAGUGUAUAUUAAGGACUUCUACAACAAGACAGUGCUGCAUCGAAAUGGAACAGGGCUCAGUGGGGAGACGCUGACCAUCAUGUACUCUCUCACCGUGUCUGUCUUUGCUAUUGGAGGUCUGCUGGGCUCCCUCAUAGUGGGUAUGCUGGUCACUCGCUUUGGCAGGAAAGGGACGGUGGUUAAAACAACAGUGCUGGUGUUUAUUGCUGGCUCACUCAUGGGCUUCAGCAGGAUUUGUGGUUCACCUGAAAUGGUCAUCAUAGGCCGCUUCAUCACAGGGAUUCACUCAGGCAUCUCUCUAAGUGUCGUGCCCAUGUAUCUGGGUGAGAUUGCACCGAAGAACCUGAGGGGCUUCUUGGGUCUAGUGCCAAGUAUUUUUAUUGGCACUGGAGUCUUUGCCGCCCAAAUCCUCGGCCUACAUGAGCUUCUAGGAAAGGAGGAGCACUGGCCUCUCUUUCUUUCAAUAGUUGUGGUUCCCACCUUCAUCCAGCUGAUGCUGUUGCCAUGGUUUCCAGAGAGCCCCAGGUAUCUGCUGAUUGAGAAACACAACGUCCAUGCCACCAUCACAGCUCUGAAGAAGUACAGAGCCAAAUGUAACAUCCAAGCUGAGAUCGAAGAGAUGCAGGAGGAGCAGCGUUCCCUGUCAUCAGUGCAGACACUGUCCGUGUGGAAGCUGUUGCUGGACCACUCAGUCCGCUGGCAAGUGCUCAGUGUGGUGGUUAUCAACAUUGGCAUGCAGCUGUCUGGCAUUGAUGCGAUCUGGUUUUACACCAAUGACAUCUUUGAAAAUGCAGGUAUCCCAGUUCCAGAGAUCCCGUACACCACAGCAGGAACAGGGAUCAUAGAGAUCAUCGCUGGACUCGUUGGGUGUUUCACCAUAGAGAAGUUAGGCAGGAGGCCGCUUAUGAUUGGAGGCUUCGCCAUGAUGGGAAUUUGCAGUGCUGGAAUCACCCUGUCACUCAUUCUACAGGUUCACUUAUCAUUCAUGCGCUACAUCAGUGUCUGCUGUGUGGUUGGCAUCAUCGCCGGCUUCUGUAUCGGUCCAGCGGGCGUUCCCUUCCUCAUCACAGCAGAGUUGUUUAAACAGUCCCACCGCCCGGCUGCCUACAUUGUGGGAGGAUCACUCAACUGGGUGUCCAACUUUACUGUGGGCUUCGUCUUCCCCUUCUUACAGAUGUCCGCCGGGUCUUACUGCUACUUGGUGUUUGCCACCAUCUGUCUGUCUGUGGCUGUUUACGUCUACAUUGUGAUCCCAGAGACCAGAAACAAGACCUUUAUGGAGAUCAGCCGAUUGUUUUCCAAGGAGGCCGUUCUCGAGACCCAGGGCCUUUUCAGCGUGGACCAGCUGAAGCUGAAGAAGAUGAACGGUUAUGGCGGUUUAGAACAUGCUUCUCUGGAGUUAGACAGCUCCUCUUCUGUACCAUAAUGGAGCCUCACUUGUUUUACUGGGACGACAAAAAUCACGUCACAUGUCCACCUUACCUGGUCUCUGAUUGAAUAAAGCUGGGUUCACAUUAAGGUU